CAUCCAAACAAACAAAAAUCAGUUAGGUCAAACCACUUUCCCCUUAAACAAAUACAAAUCACACUUUCGUGUUUCCCCUUUUUUUUUUCUGGGCUUAAAUUUCAUCUUCAACCUUCGAUCAGGAUCUCUUGCUGCGCUUAUUCAUUUUCUGGUGCAAAGUUCAGAGAUUCAUGGAUGAUGGUACUCCUAGGAGAUUAAAUAUCUUACCUGAUCACUUUAGUGUUCCUACUCCCACCACGGAAGGUGCUCAAGACGAUCCUCCAUCAUCUUCGCAGCCAAAAGACGAUUCUCCAUCAUCUUUGAGGUCUCACAGCCAGUCCAGGACUCGCAGAAAACUGAAAAGAGCAGCAUCCAUGUUGAAUUUGUUCACUCUUCGCCGUUUGCCAUGGGUCUCAGAUGGUCAAGAGAAGGUAGAGCUAUCAGCAGCGGAGUUAGAAUCACUGAGAUCAGAACUUUCUGAUUUGGAAGAAAGGGAAGCUUACCUCAAAGCACAGUUGGAACAUGUGGAUGAAGUCUUGCGCUCUGCUCGUUUAUCUGGUUAUUUGUUUAUCCGAAGUCGUUGGGCGGCUCUCCCUGGUGAACCACCUCCGCUAGACGAUGCAGAAGUAGAUGACUGGCUUCCUCGGUUUGUUGUCCUUCAAGGCGCUUGUCUGUUCUUCUAUUUAUUAUCAACAGACUUGAGCCCUCAAGAUUCGACAUUGCUUGCGGAUAUUGUUGAGCUUGGUUCGUUACCAAGCUACACUAGAGAAUUCGAUGAAACACAUCAUUGCUUUUACAUCUUAACCCGUCAAGGUCUAAGAUUUGAGUGCUCAAGCACUUCUAAAACACAGGUGGAUUCGUGGCUGUCGGUAUUGCAACUUGAUUCCAGGUCUGAACCAGAAGAAAGAUUACCAAAUGGAUCAAGCGAUGGCGCUACAGUAAAUUGAAAAUUGGUCACUGCUCUGUAUAGUUUUCAUUUCUAUGUAUAUAUAAAAUGCUUCUUUGUAGCGUAGUUAGCAUUCACGUCAUUGAAAAGUUACUAAACUGAAACUCAUAUUUCUAGUCAUUGAUACUUCCUUUACUCUGAAA